GUCCGUUGGUUGUCAAGAUGGCAACGGCGGGGUCUCUGCCGCCACCUCUGCUAUUGCCAAGCAAGGACGCCGCCGUCGCAGCUGCAGUUGCCACCACAGUCACCAACGCCGCUGCGCGGGAGCCAGGGCUGCCGCGACCAACCCUCCAGCGCCCGUGACGCGGGGCCUGAGAGACUGAUUGUAGGGAGGGGCCGAAGAGAAGAGCAGGAAGCCGGAGCCGCCAUGAGGGAGCCACUGGGGGUGAGCCGGGAGGCGGCGCUGAGGUGAAGGAUGCUGACCCGGAGGCCUGGAGGCCAGAGCGCGGUCCCUGGUCUGGGCACUGAAUCCUCGGACUCGCCGGGCAGAGCACCUGUCAGCCCUCGGGAGAGGGGCGGGCACCAUCGACUUGGCGCUUACCUAGAUAUGAAAAUCCACCUAGAGAAAAAUUUAGAAGAAGAGCGCCAAAUAUUACUGCAGCAACAAAAAAUAUGUAGAAAUCGAGCACGUAAAUAUUUUUUGGAGUCAAACCGGAGAAAAAAAGCUUUUGAAGACAAAAGAAAAGAGCAAGAAGAAAAAGAACACCAAAUUAGAGAAAAAAUACUUCAACAAAGAAAACAGAAGUUUGAAGAAGUUACUGAAAAAUUUCAGCGUGCCCAUAUUCCUUUCUCACAGCGGAGGAGAGCAGUUUUUCCAAAAUCAGUUCCUCCAUUAGAAGAGGCCCUCAAGCAAAUUCAGGAAUCCAAUUUAAAAUCAGAAGUAAAUCUUCCCUUUUCCCACAGGCCAACAAUCAACUGGAGAGCUAUAGAUUCUUCCUUGCCUUCAACGUUGUCAAAAAAUGACCAUAAGAAUCAGAAACAUCUCUUAUCCAAAAUCAGUUGUGAUAAAGAAAUGAAGGAAAACAGCAUGGCAAACCUAGAUGCUAACAAAAAUGUGUUCCAGCUUAAACUGGAGGAAACUCAGAAACUUCUAGAAGAUCAGCAUUUAAGCAGUUUGCAAAACUUUUGUGAUGAAGUUAAUCGUAUAACCAAUUCUGAAACACUCUCAAGUAUAGACAGUCUUGAGGCUGGACAGCAUGAAGAAGUAUACUUGACACUUAAUAAGGAGCCUUCUACAUCAAUCCAGCAGAAUUCUGUUUCCCUCAAACUAGCAAAUCUGCAAUCAACUAAUAUAAACUGCUUUGAUGAAGAUAAACUGUUAGUCUCUAAAACUCAGCAUAUCAAUAAUUGGCUUACAAAUUUAGAUGCUCAAAAGACUCAGUCUGUCACAUGUUUCUCAGAUAUGUUAAGUAAAUCUAAUGUUCUACCUGUGUGGGAAGCUUUUAAUAAUAAAGAACAAAAUCCAUCCACUUUGAGUAGAACUGUGCAAAGAGUCACAAGUACUGCUAAUAAUAAUUCAGUAGCCUUUUUAUAUAGUCCACCCAUAGUUGAACUAGAUAAAAAAAGUGAAGAAACCUCUGAAGCCAGCACUAUGAGGAUAAGUGACUCUACUUUGGCAGAACUUAAAAGGGAGAGGCCAUUGGUUACUAAGAGUCCAACAUUUAAAUUCAGCAAAGCCUGGACAGCUCCAGAUUUUCUAAACCAGGAAGUGGCUACAUUUUCCAAUCAAGAAACAUACUCUAAAUUAGCUCAAGAAAAUAGAGGUACUUCAAUUCCUGCUUCAUUCAUGCCAACAGCAACACCUUUAGUCUUGCCAUCUAAUACACAAUCAGCUAGGCCUUUAGCAAAGAACAAUAUUCACAUAAAAGAAAUUGACCCAGUGCAGUGUUCUGAUAAGUUAGACGAAUUAAAAGAUGUUAAAGAUGAAAGGAUAAAAUAUUUCAAUUAUAACAAAAAAGAGUUGCCUUUAUUUUCAGACAAUGUUCAAACCACCUAUUUACCUCAAAAUUCUGAUUCAAAAGAUAAAAAACAAAAACUGUAUGAAUCAUCAACAUCAUUGUCUAAUGUAGCUUCUAAUUAUGAUUUACUUGAUGAGCAUAAGAAAAUAAAAUACAACAUUCAUGAGCGAAAUGGUGUAAGGUUUCUUAAAAGUAUUUUAAAGAAGGAAUCUAAAUACGAACAUGAUUAUUUUAAGGCACUAAUUAUAAAUCAAGGCUUUAAGUUCAGAAAUCAAAAAGCAGCAGCUAUUAGAGAUAGUAUUGAAUUAACCAAGGAAAAAAGUGCAGAAAUCCCAAAGAUUACCAAAAAAUUGAGGUGGUUUGAUGAAACUGGUGACAUAGAAAACAACACUGAAGACAGUCAUUCACUAAAGAAUAGAACAAGAAUGACUCAACCAUGGUCUCAAGAACUCCACAUUAAAAGUGUAGCUGGCAAUAGUUUGACUAGUGUUCCUGCCUGUGCUGUAAAUUCUAAUAGAAAGAAGUCCAAGGAUGACUCUCUCUCUGAAAAUGUCACUGCUUUAGGAGGUCCUGGAACAGACCAUGCACCUUUAAACUGCUUUAUACCUUCAAGCUAUAACUUUACUAAACAAACCUGGCCGGCCUCCAAAAAAGAGGAAAAUAAAAUCACUAUGCGUAAUGGUAAUUCUAGAACACCGAAAGGUAAUCCACAUAGAAGUGGAGCAAAAGUAAUCAGAAGAACAGGAUCUGCAAAAGUCCAAUCCAGCUUUAUGUAUACCAACAGAAAAGGCACUGUCAUUCAACCACGGUCUGCAAGUAAAGCCAACACAUUUCUACAAACUCAGGGUAAACUAAUUAUACCUCAUCCUCCUCCUAAACCUACAUCAAAUAUUAGAAGUGGUAAAAAUAUACAUGUAUCUAAGUGUCAAUCAAUCAUAACUGAAAAUUCUCAAAACAUUAUUACAUAUAACUGUUUUAAUUCAAAAUGCAUGCUUCCAACAGAACACAAUUUGAAUCAGUGGAAUCAAGAAAGUAGUCCUCUACUCUCAGAUCCUCGUUCUGACUUGGUCACUGUGAUUACAUCUUUACCAUCUUAUUAUUCUUCUGAGUGCCAAACUUUAGCAAAAACAAAUCAUUUAAAUGGUACUCAAAUGGUUACCCAGCAAGAUGGGACAUUAUAUUGCACCCAAAGAAGUCCUGUUUGUGAAGAAAGCUCUCAGUCUGUGACUCUUAGAACUACUGAAGAAGAAUCAUCUCCCUUGUGGAAAAGAGGGAAUAACAUUCUGAGCCAAAAUGAGAGGGCCACUGAUUCUACUGUUAGAAGAAGAAAGCAAAUUGAAAAUAAGAGGAGAAGUCCUUUAGAGCAGAAAAGAAAAAACCCUGGAUCUGUAGGACAGAAGUACAAUGAGCAAAUAAAUAAUUUUGGACAAAGUGCCCAGCUAAGUUCAAAUGAGCCAAAACUAACUACAAGGGGUACUUCUAAUGAUGGAGAAGUUUCUGUAGUUUCAGACAGUACUUCUGAGUUUUUGACAGCUGAAAACCUAGUGGAAGCAUCAGUACCUGAGGAUGAAAUUCUAACUGUCAUGAAUAGCAAGCAACUACAGAAAUCAAAUCUGAAUUUAAGUAAGACCCAGCAAUUCAACAUCUGUACACUAUCAGCUGAAGAACAAAAGAUCCUACAAUCCCUUAAUCAUUUGAAUGGAAGGCUACGCUAUAUGCAAGAAACCAUUUGCCAAAAUCCAUCCAUCAAAAACACUCUACAAAUAAUACCACUUCUGAACAGCCUGCCAAGACCUCGACCAUCUCCUGAUGUUGGAUCCAGAUUGCAAAGAAAAUAUUGAUGAAGUGUGACAGCAACUAUUUAAUGAAAUCAUUAUUUUUGAGAAUCUCCUGUAAAUAUAUAUUUCUGCAUUUAUUAAUGAUUCAAAACACUAUAAUCAUAAAAAUGAAGUAUAAUAUAGGUAAUGGAGAUAAAUUGAUCAGUUUAAGUUUAUGCUAUAAAUUAUACUUUAUUAUGUAUUUUAUUGGUGAAUACAUUUUUAAUGAAUGGAAAUAUUUCAUUGUUUUCAACAAGCAUGCUACUGUAUAUAAAUUAAUUCUAUUUAAAAAUAAAAAAGAGGCUAUUUUGUUAUUCCAAUUAUGCAUUAGUUGUAGUUAUGAAGCUUUGUUUUCUGAAAUUCCUAAUAAAUUCUAUUAAAUUUGUA